AUGCCCGCCGAGAACAUACAAUACUCGGAAAAGUACUUCGACGUUCAAUACGAAUACCGACACGUAAUUCUACCGCCCGAUUUGGCUAAAUUAGUGCCUAGGUCGCAUUUGAUGACGGAAACUGAAUGGAGGAAUUUGGGGGUGCAGCAGAGCCCCAAUUGGAUGCAUUACAUGGCGCACGGCCCCGAACCACAUGUUUUGUUGUUUAGGAGACCUCUAACGCAAGACGAAUAA